GUUCUGGUUCUUUGUGCGGAUUAGUGCGGUGCGUUCAGUUUUAAUUCGGAGUUAAAUUCAACGCGAAUUACAUUUUUGCUAUAAAAUUAAAGUGAAGUGAAUGUUGUGCAAAUUUCUUUUGGAUUCUGCUAACAUCAAAGUCGAUUUGCAUCAAGUUGUGACCGGCAAGUCUGCAUCGUGAUAUUGUGGGAAACAAAUUCUGAAAGCUAUAAAGCCAUUACGCUUAGCAUGGUAGGCUGUCGGCAUUAUGAACGGAAAACCAAAAUUUUCGAAACUUCGUCUUCCUGCUUCCAAGAGAAAUAAAAACGGUUCUACGUCACAAAUAUCACAAUUUUUCUCAAAUUCGCAUCAAAUCGAAAGUUCUACAUUUAAUGAUGAUUCCAAAGACUGUUCUGACCUAGACCCAAAUUCAAAUAGCUCCGUGGAUCGAGGUGAUCACAAAUUUAUAUCGAUGCCUGAUCCUGAUCCAGCUGAUUCUCCAUCCGAUUCGCACGUAAAGCCAUCGUUCUCAUCAUUUGAGGCUCUCAACCCUGCAAAGUUACGACGCUUAGAUCAUGAUAAGUCUGGAAAUCGCAAUACAAUCAAAGAAUUUUUCACAAGUCAGGCAAACGAAAGUGAUUUUGAGAGUACCCAAAAAGUGGUUAAGAAGGCAACUACUUUGAAGUCAACAAAACAACGAACUAGAUCAAAUACUUCGAAAAAGCAACCAAAGAUCAAGAAUGCCCUCUUUAAGAGGGAACAAAUGUUGUCGAGCUUUAUUGUUGAACAAAGCAAAGCAGAGGAUGUUGAUCCAAAUGAAAUGCAAAUGGCACUAGCUUUGUCUAGAUCCGAAGUUGAAACUUGUAGAAUAGAAAAUGAGGAUAGCAACGGAAGUUCGAAUAGUGCAGAGGUGAUUCGAGAAAAGCUCCAGGAGUUCGGAUAUCGAGUAGCGCAAUCGAAUAAAGGUAAAUCAUUUUUCGUAGCGCCCAAAGCCCGUGGGAAAUGGGCAAACAAGUUUACGUCGUUGACUUUACGAGAUCCUGAACAUCAGCAAAGGAAGGUUAACGAGAAAGUAGAACGUUUCCUUAAUUCUCAAUACACAACAAUUGGUAGCGGCGAAAAUACAUCCAAAGGGCAGUUUGCAAUUUCUAGUAGUUUAUUAUCUGAUAUGAAAUCAGACAAAGUGGCAAUAUCCCUCUAUCAUGGGGAUUAUGAACAUAGCGAGAUAACAAAGUUCUAUGUAUCCAAUAUCUGUGAACCAAGUGGGAAUAAAAUCGGCAAUUUGUUGAAGAAUUUUCGAGCUAUUCCCGGUCGAGAUCUUUCACCAAGAAAGAAAGAUUUAGCCGGAAAAAGUGGGACUGAAGUUGUAAAUCAAGCCAAAAACCAGUCGGGUUGUGAAGAGAACAAAAAUUGUGAUAUUUCCGAAAAAUUGGAUGAGUCUCCAAUUGAAUCAAAUAGCGAAAGCAAUCGUGAAAACAACAACCAAAACAUAGAGCUGGAUCCGCCCCUAGUCGAGCCGAAUAGAAAUUGUGGUCGCGAAAAGAGCGAUCAAAACUUUUUCCGGGAAGCAUCACCCGAUCUCUUCCUAGAUGAAGAAGAUGAGGUUUGUGUGGAAUCAACAUCUGUGGAACAAUCAACAGAUCCCAAGGAAGUGUGUUAUAAGGAAGCAGUUGUCGAGAAGCAGGAUAGCAAAAAUUCAAAUUCUGUGCCUAGUGCGGAUGAGAGAAUUCAACCAACUGUAACUGAAAGCAAUCAGUGUCCGGAAAUCGUAUCUCUUUCGAGUGAGAGUAAUAGCAAUGAUAUCAUGACCUGUGAGAAAUUUUCAAGUGACGAAGUGAGGACUGUUGAUCGGUCAGGCAUUUGGAACCAGGAUUUAAAUUAUACCCUACAAAACCUUAGAGAAGUGGAAAACGGCAACAAGGUUAACAUAUCACAAGAUGAUUUCAUUGACUUAACGCAAGUAAAUAUUGAUCCAGACAAACACACAGAAUUGUCUGAUCAAGAGGGACAGCUACAAGUAAGUGUUAGCUUACAACAACACCAAGAUGAUACCGAAGAUAAUGCAUCGUGCGAUUCAGACAAAAUUAUCGAAGCAAGCCAGGAGAACUUUAUCGAUCUCACGCAAGGUGAUAUUGACCCAGACAUGAUAUCAGCGUCUGAUUGCGAAGAACCAUUGCCGCAUUCUUCACAAAAAAGCAUAACUUUCAAUGACGAGGAAAACCUUUCCCAAAACAGCACGUCUAGUAUAAUUGUUUUAUCAGAUGAUGAAGUGAAUUAUUCGAUAAAAGUAGCCAAAGGGUUCGAUGUAAGUGCAAAUACUACAGACACUUCUGAAGGCACAAAUAUUACAAUGAAUGAAAUAGAUGAAUCCAGUGCAUCUAGUAAACGCCAUUCAACUGAUGCAUGUGAUAUUUAUAGUGUUUUUUCUGAUAUGAGAUAUGAAAGUCUUAAUGGGCAGCUCGGAAAUAAUGAGGAUAAUAAUGAAAGUGUCCAAAAGUGCAAUAACCUAUCAACAAAUUUUUGUGAUGACAAUUCAGAUGCUUUGAACUAUUCUUUAGCACAUGAAAUAAUGUCUCAUUCGUUCCAAGAAGAAUUUGAGAAGUUAAAUCCAGUCGCUGCGGAUGGCGAACAGGAAGUACAGCUCCCUCGUGUAACAACUGAAGAAAUAGUAUGUUUGGAUCUAACCGAGCCAACCCCUCCAGACCAAGAUACUAUCACACCACAUUGCAGCAGAUAUGAUGGAAACGCAAGCGUUAAUUCGUCUAGAAACUUUGGCAAAACGCAUUCGGACUCGUUUCUUCUCCCUAAAAACAAAACCCCUUCUGCAUUGAAACGGUUUUCAAGUAGUAAAAAGUUUGACGAAUUCAUAAAUAAUGACUGCUACAAUGAUGACAAUUAUUUUGAUGAAGAUGAGUUCGAUAGGUUAGUGAAUGCAGAACAACAAUACGCUAAAAGAGCACAUCAACCAAAAGAUUUAAACACACUUUUAACUGGUGCUAUGAAAAGUCCUAAUGAUUCCUUCGAAGAAAUCACCAUUGAUGAUAAGAUAUACCUGGUUAAAACGCAAAACAUGAAGCCUAAACCAGACUAUCAAAGAAUGGACUCACCAACAAGAUUGAAGGAGUUGUACAAAUUUGGUUUGAAACCGUUGAAGAGGAAGCAAGCUAUUGUUAUGUUGGAAUAUAUUUACAAUCAGACGCAUCCUUAUCUUGUCGAGGAUAAUGAAGAUGAUGAGAUCGAAAUUAAUGUCCAUGGUUCCGAUGAGGAAGAUUCAAAUAAGCAUGAUGUUGAUGAUUUUGAAGGAUUAGGAACACAAGUUGCCUUAGAAAAGUUGAAUAAAUAUAAUUUAAAAGACUGUAAUGGGGCAUGCUUAGUUGCUGAAGAUGGGCUCCGACCAGAAACUGAUAACGAGGAGUACAUCUUUCAAACAAAUGUCAGAUCAAAGAUUUGUACAGCCCUUCUACCGUUUCACAUUGCAUGGUUCAAUUUAGUAAAGUCAAGUCAAAAACUACGCGAAGCUAUUUUAUAUUACGAACCCAUUGAUUUACAAGAAAUUUAUAUAUUUUUUAAAAGUAUAGGAUAUCGUUACGAUCCAAAGGAUUUAAAACGAUUUUUUGAUGGUCGCAGUAUUAUUUUUCAAUACGAUCUCAAAAAGGAAGUUGCAAAUCGACAUAUUCGAAAACCACGCAGGAAAAAUCGGUAAAAUCUUUCAUUAUUGUUUGGUUCUGGGAUUAUUUUUAUGGUUAUUAUCGGAGAAACCUUGUUUUAUAUAUAAGAUAUUUUAAAGGAUAGAUAGAUAAGGUUUGAAAAAUAUUAUGCAGUCGAAAUGGGACAAAAUUUAAAUAGGUGCGAUCCUGCGGACUGUUAGAAAGAGAUGAUGAUUUUAGUUGCUAAUCUAAAUAUUCAGAUAUGGUUGGUUAAUUUCAAAUGUAUACAAAGUUUUUACUAGUUAAUUAGGAUUUCGCUUAUACACAAGGCGCAGUGCAACAAUUAAAUUCAAUUCAACUCUCUUUAAUUGAUCAUAGAAUUCAGAACUUUACACAGAAGUGCGCAAACUUUGAACUAAAUAUUUUUUAAAAGCUGUAUGGAUCGUGUAAGAAAAGUUACUAUAAGCCAUUUUGAAUAUCUAAAUUUUUUACCGUGUGUCGAAUAACAAUAGCUGGUGAAUAUUAGAUUUAUGAAUUUGGGUCGAUGAUCGGCACGAUAUCUGAUAUAUCGGUCCAAGGUUGCGUAUUUGGUUUUUAAGUUGCGGCGAACACCAUGUCUAUAAAGUUUAUAAACCACGAAUCUAGCUUAAUUAAUCUACUCAAAGUGCCGGAAUAAAUAUAACCCUCAACAUGCUUAGCCUAGCUUAAUCGACCCAGCCAAAUGGGUAACAGUUUGGUGCAUCCAAU